AUGGCGUUCUACUUCAGACGUCGUAGUCUCAUCCGCAUCUUCCUCUUCGUGGUUCUCUGCAUAACCGCCAAGCUUGUUUUCUGGCCGUCAUCCACACCGACGACAUUUGACUCUCGGGAGAUUCGUAAACAGAAUGUUCUCGACUUUGUUGCGCGGUCAGACAAACCGCUGGACGCGCGGAGACACAAGUUUCUACAGGCGAGGCACGGGAGAGACGAGAGGGAAGACGUGUUCCACGACAUGGUUAAGGACGGUGUGCUGGACUAUUGGGAACGGUUUCAGAAGCCAUACAUUGUCGGCCAUGAUACCGCGCACAUGGACGAGCAAUCUGUUCUCUCGGCCAUUGAGCAGCUUCUGACGCUGAACGGCUGGGUCGCCGCCCUCUGUCCAACCCUCACUCGACCGUUCGGCCAGAACACGCACGACGACGCGUACACAGAGCUCGUUGGCCAGGAGCAGCUCUACUUCAUUGGUAUGGUCAUCCACUCCGCGGACCACUUCCUCGUCGACCAGCUUUCCGUCAUCGUCCAGUUGGCACGGCGGCUUGGCAGUUCGAACAUCUUCGUCUCUAUGCUGGACUAUGACUCUUCGGAUUCCACCUCGACACUGACAGACCUCUGUGAAGCUGUUCUUACACUGCUCGGCGUUCCCUUCCGCAUUCGCAGAGUACCUGGGAUGACCGAGGACCCUAUCGCUGCGUACUACCCACUCGAGGAGGCAUACACGCGUAACCUCGUUCUGGAGCCCUUGCAUGAGCUGUAUGAGAAGAGGGCAAUCAAAUUUCACCGCGUCAUCUGGCUCAAGGGAUUUACGUGCCCGAACGACAUCUUAGAGACGAUCAAGCUGAGCACAGCCAACGAGGCGGCGAUGGUUUGCGGCAUGGACUGGGCAGAGUUCAACGGCUUCUUCAUCUUCUCCGACCGCUGGCGAACGCGCGAUAUCAACGGUGACCAGUUCCGCCAAUCCAAGUCCUCCUCCAUCUCCAACUCGCCGCUCACCUCCGUGCCGCCGCGCGACGUCGUCGGCGCGCAACGCUACACACAGCAUCUGCCCUUCCAGGUGUUCUGCUGUGAGUCCGGCACGCAUGUCGUCGACCCCGCGCAGUCGUACUACGCGGGCGUCGCCUACCGUGCCGGCACGACCUUCCACAACGCAAGCACGCCCGCAGACGCGCCCGUGCGCCGCCCGGACGACAAGUGCCUCGACAGCACACAGGCGUGGUUCUGCCGCGACCUCUGGAUACACAAGGCACGCGAGGGCCUCCAGGCGCUCACCGCCGACAACGAGAGCGAGGUUGCAGAUGUUAAGUAUCACGCUAACGCGGCUCACCACAAGCGCGCGCCGCAGCGGGACGGGGAGGUGGUAGAGGCGGAGGUAGAGGACGAGGUGCGCGGACCCGCGGCGGCGCAGGACGAGAUACACGAGGAGGUGCGUCAGCCUGCGGAGGCGGACCCCGAUGCAAACGCGGGCUCGGACUACGACGCGUCAGACCUCCCGCUCGAGGCGCCGCCCCCACCGCCCCUACCGCACGGCGCGAGCGACGUGGAGAUGAGCAUCCCGAACUCGGUGUUCCUGCCCGCGAGGAUCAUGGUGAACCCCCGGUGCGUGACGACGUACGCGGGCGUGGCGCACACACAGCUCGCGCUGGACCUGUUCGGGCCGCCAGAUAGGGAGGAGCGGAGCGAGGACAUGAAGCGGCGGGACUUGCUCGAGACGUGGGAGACCGCGCCGGAGACGUUCGUGUGCCAGGAGCAACAACGGACAGGUGGCCGGAGGGCACAAAAGACGCAGAGACGACUCGCAUUCUCGAUCCACCAGGAGCUGGAAGAGCUGCUGUCAUGA